AUAACACUUGAUGUCACUUCCUUGUUAGUAAGUUAGGAAGGGCAACGAAAAUCGAGAUGGAGGUAUCUGGAAAGAGGCAUGACCCUGACCUUGACGAGUGCUCCACAAACGCUACUAUCUACUGUCAGCCGUGUGAAGAGGGCGGGAAACGCGCUGUGGCCCUGGGAUUAUGUCAGACCUGCGAGGAGUACAUGUGUGAUCCCUGUAUCGAGGCCCAUACGAGGUUUAAGGUAUCCAGGAAGCACAUUAUGUUGUCGGUAGACAAGAUGCUGUCCUUCUACCCGUCCACCAAGCAGUCAGACAUCGGCGAAACUGAAUACUGUAAAAUCCAUCCGAAGGAGAUGAUCAAGUUUUUCUGCCCGAACCACGGCGGCCUUGGCUGUGGGGUCUGUGUCGUACUCAAGCAUCGUACCUGUCAAGUCGAUUACAUCGAUAACGUGGCUAAAGAUUUUGUCAUUGGAAAUGAAUUCAAAGAGCUGGAACCAACGAUUGAACGAUCUGAAGAUAUUCUAUCUGCGUCUAUUAGUAAUGUCAAUGAGCUUUUGGACGAGGUCGAAAACCAGUCUAAGUAUGAGAACGCAAGAUUGAGGAAGUUCCGGGCAAAAAUCAACACCUAUCUCGACCGCCGCGAGCAAGAGUUGCUCGACAACAUCCGGAAAGUGAGGAUCGAUGAUGAAAACGUUCUGAAUGCCUUAAAGAGCGACUGUGAGUCGGCGAAAUUGGGUCUUGAGGCCAUGAGGGCGGAAUUAUCGUCUGGUGACAUCUCGGUGAACCAGCGGUACGUAGCGGCCAGGCGAGCCGAGAAGGACAUUCGGAAUAUUCUGGCUAAAAACGAGCAGAUGUCUGGUCUGAUGAAGGCCACAAACUAUCGGUUUACGAAAGACGAGGACAUGAGACGUCUUCUGGAAUCGAAAACGGGCCUGGGAACACUGGACGUUGCGGGAGAGUUUGUUCCAGUUCCUGAUCUCUCUACUGUAACAUGGAAGGGAACAGAUAUCAACGUUAAAACUACUCAGGACCAAAAAACCUGCCAUAUCUCGGGCUCCGCCGUACUCUCAUCUGGUCUCCUAUUUCUGGCAGACAGGAAUAACGAUAAUGUCAAACUUUUAAACGUCCCCGCCCGCACCGUCAAGUCCCGCCUCCAGCUACCAGGCAUGCCCUGGGACGUGUGUGCGCUCCAUGAUGACCAGGCCGCUGUCACUCUCCCGUAUAAUUCCAUCAUCCAGCUGAUGUCUACAAAAGGAGGGCAGUUGUCGGUUUCGAAAGAAAUUAAAGUAUCACCCGACUGUUGUGGUAUUGCGCCUUACAACAACAAAUUAUACGUUUCUAACAAAUCAAACUCGCGUAUUGAAGUGAUGACGUUGGAUGGUCAUAUCAUAAGUACAUUCAAAACAGAUGAUGGAAGACAACUUUUCCAAGCACCAUAUUAUUUGACUGUGUCAGCUUCAACACCACCGACGCUGUACGUGUCUGACCUCCUUGCCGACACCGUUCUCCAGAUGUCUCUGGACGGUAAGGUCCUGCAUGAGUACCGUGACGAGCAGCUCAAAUAUCCCACGUCCCUAGUGGAGGUAGGGCCAGGCAAGCUUCUCGUGUGUGGGCAGUUCAGCAACAACGUAAUCAUGCUGACUGAGAGGGAUGGCAAGAUGACGGAAAUACUGAGACGGAAGGACGGCCUUACCGUUCCCUACUCCGUGACCUUCUGUCCUCACUCACGUGCCAUAGUUGUCGGGAUGGGCAAUAAUAACUCAUUGAAGGUAUUUAAUACAAACUGACAGCUUUUCUUCAUCAGUCGUGAUUUUUUGUUUCUUUUAAAGAAACUUCUGUGUACUCAAUAUUGUUUGAGCAAUCAAUAGUAAAUACAAUAAAAACUAUAUUUACACCAUAAGCAUAUAGAUUGGUUACAACUUGUUUUAUAUAAUUAAUAAGCUAUUUAUACUUAAAUACAUGUACACAUGUCUUAUAAAUGUUCAGCGUAUUUGGCAGUUUUGUUUAGCAAUACAUUGUAUAAAGAUUUAGUGAAAAUGAUGUUGUUCUGUUCGACACGUUUCCAAUAAGAAUUUGUUUUGGUGUUACUUUAAAUUGUAUUGUUGAAAAAAUAGAACUAUGAUUCUUUUCCUGAUUUUAAAGUUAAAAUUAUAUGUUUCACAUACUGUUAAACCAAGAUUUCCAAGGUUUAAUUUGUCACUCAAAUUAAAAACUUGGUAAAUAUGUUUAACCUGACAUCGCUCAAAGAUAUGACAACUGUUUACGUUAAUGCAAAGAAUUUUGAAUUCACUAUAAAACAAUAUUUUAUAUGGGAAUUCCCUAAAUGUAUUUUUCUCCAUUCACAUGGAGAUGAAAAAUACAAAAUGUCUUUAUUCUUUAAAAAUUCGGGUAGGAACGAACUAUUUUGUCUAUUCACUGUCUGUAUUGUUCAACUAGUUUUGUAUUUCAGCCUUUUACUAUUAAAUGUAUCUUAAA